AUGACAAAUGGUAAUCAAGAUAAUAACAUUAAAGAUGAUAAACAACAACAAAUUGAAUCACAACAACAAUUACCAAAUACGAAAGAAAUGUGUGGUACUCGAUGGCCAAGAGUACCAAUUAGAGUUGUAGUGGAGAAUCAUCCACAAGUCCUGGUAGAGACAGCUAACCCUCGACCACCAGUACUGCUGACAACAGCCAUUACGGAUUCACUUGAUCGCUGGGGUAGGGUUGUCACUGCUCGAGCAUUGCUGGAUCAAGGAUCCGAGAUUUCACUGGUGUCGGAGGCUCUGGCAAAUAGACUAGGACUUAGUCGAACGUCAUCACGUCUUGCUGUGGUGGGCAUUGGCCAACAUACAAUGCAGGCAAGAGGUGUGAUUGACAUUAAGGUGAUAUCGAGAGUGUCACCAUAUAAAGGUCUAGUGAAGGCAUUGGUAAUGCCAAAACUAACAGGGUUAUUACCAUCAGUUGCGAUUCCCAAGCAAUUGCGAGACAGCUGGGCCCACAUAACACAUCUUCAGCUUGCUGAUCCUGAGUUUUAUGUACCAGCUCCAAUUGAUGCUAUCUUUGGUGCUGAUGUAUACAGCACAGUACUAAAAGAUGGUGUCAAAAGAGGACCAGAGGGUCAACCAACCGCUCAGAGUACAGAGCUCGGUUGGGUUUUAUCUGGUAAUACCCUGAAUUUGGGAAAUAAUACCUCUCUCUGUACAGCAUCAAAAAAUUAUCAUCAAGGAGUUUCCUGUCAGAGAAAGGAAGAGUUGUACAUCCUUGUCAAAAGAUUUUGGCUGCAAGAAGAGCAGUUUGACACUACAGAGUCAUCAGGAUUUUCUGAUGACAUCUGUAUGAGUUAUUUCAUAUCAAAUUACGAGAGAGAUACUCAUGGUCGUUUUGUGGCAUAUUGUGAAUUCAUGACUGAGUAUGAAUCACAGGGUCACAUGGUAAAAGCAUCACCUGUUGAAGACCAUUCUAAGUGUUAUUAUUUACCACAUCACAGUGUCAUAAAAGAGUCGAGUACAUCAACAAAAUUGAGAGUUGUAUUUAAUGGUUCACAAAAAACAAAUACAGGGAAUCAUUGA